AAUGAAGAGAGGAUAUAUUGAAUCUUAGGAAAGAAAUCAAUAAAUAUGUGAGGCACAGUUAUUAAAAUCUUCAUUUAUAUAUGUAUUCAGUCCGUACGCAUCGAUCUCACACUAUAUGUAUUCCAAUUCCACUCCACACAAUUGGCUUUCCCUCUCUGCUCUGUACCAGAAUCCGUAUGCAAAUCCGCCCAAAUCUCAUUCCGCCUUCAAAUCACAUGGGCUCAUUGUUUUCGUUGCCGGCGGCGGCCAUAGCCCCGUCGCAGGAGCCCGGGCUGGGGGACUUGCCGGAGAGCUGUGUGGCGUUGGUGCUGGGGCACCUCGAGCCGCUGCAGAUCUGCCGGCUCGCAACGCUGAACCGAGCUUUCCGGGGAGCAUCUUCUGCUGAUAUCGUUUGGGAGUCGAAGUUGCCGGUUAAUUACGAAGAUCUGCUAGCUAGGGUAUUCGAAAGAGAAAACGCCUCUUUCUGCAAGAGGGAUAUUUAUGCGAGGUUUUGCAAGGCCAAUUCGUUCGAUGGUGGCUCUAAGAAAGUGUGGGUGGAUAAGAGGUCAGGCAACAUUUGCAUGUCGGUGUCUUCAAAUGGAUUGACGAUAAAUGGAAUUGAUGAUAGGAGAUAUUGGAGCCGUAUUCCAUCUGUGGAAUCAAGGUUUUCAUCAGUUGCGUAUCUGCAGCAAACAUGGUGGCUUGAGGUUGAUGGGGAGAUCGAGUUCCCCUUUCCAGCAGGGUCAUACAGUAUAUUUUUCAGAUUACAACUAGGACGCGCACAUCAGAGGUUUGGUCGUAGGGUUUGCAACACGGAGCAUGUUCAUGGCUGGGACAAGAAGCCCGUCCGGUUUCAGGUUUCGACCUCAGAUGGUCAGCAAGCAACAAAACAGUGCUACUUGAAGGAGCAAGGGAGGUGGAUCCAUUACCACGCCGGAGAUUUUGUGGUCUCCAGCUCGUUCAAAUCAAUCAAAGUCAAAUUUUCGAUGACACAAAUUGAUUGCACUCACACCAAAGGUGGGCUGUGUGUAGAUUCUGUACAAAUACUUCCUGCAAAGUUCAAAGGGAGGUUGCAGCAUUUUUAAUGCAAUCGAUCUCUUUGUGGGGAAACCAAACAAUCUUUGUAGAAAAAUGAAGUGUAAAGGACUUCAUAACUCAAGAGAUUAGGAUUUUGUAGGCUUUAUGCAUAGAGGUAUCUAGUUUGGGGUCUCUCUUUGAUGGUAAAAUAUUCCCUUCAUUCCAAGGAAGUCGCCAUGUGAUUUUAUGCAAUUUAAUUUUGUG